AUGUUGGCUUCCAAUAUUCCCUCACAGGAUGAUUCGGAAUGGGAGCAGGAGGAAGGGAUUCCUCAAUUUGAAGACGCGUUUAUUCAGAAAUAUCUUAAUGGGCGUGAUGCACUAAUAGAACAGGAACACAAACAGCGGCAUGACUUCAAAUUCUACAACUCCAUGUCUGCAGUCGCGAAGGAAGCCUGUCGCAUUGUUGCUACCAUCCGAGACAAGGAACUGCGUGAAAUCUGGACCAAGGACCACCAGCAAGACGACGAGCUUCUCUAUCCAGGGGUGAUGUUCACGGUCGCUCGGGAACGCAUGGAAAAGACCAAGCUAUGGAAGAUUGUCGAGCAAAUGCCCAAGGGGUCUCUCCUACACGCCCAUCUUGAUGCCAUGUUUGACGUCGAUUUUCUCAUCGACCAAGCAUUCGAUACACCGGGCAUCCACAUAUCCGCCCCGGCCCCGUUGUUGACGGAGCAAGAUCUGGAAGUAGCACCCCUUACUUUUCAAUAUUCUUCAACGCCCUUGGCAGCGUCAGAAAACAAGGAGCCCGUCUGGAGCAAGGAAUACAGCCCCUCGUCUCUGAUCCACAUACGCAAGGCGGCCACCACGUUCCCCAACGGCGGUGAGGAAGGAUUCCGGAAAUGGCUGAGAGGCAGAAUGGUGAUUUCUGCCGAGCAUUCAUAUCAGCACCACCACGGUGUGAAUGCCAUAUGGGACAUCUUUCAGCGCACUUUUCCGUUUAUAGGUUCUAUUUUAUUCUACGAACCGAUCUUCCGGGCCUGUCUACGACGAAUGCUAACAGAGCUUUCCAAGGAUGGCAUCAGAUAUGUCGAUUUCAGGACUGCAUUUGUCUUUGAGUAUCGCCGCGAGGGCGCGGAUGCCGCCGAAGAGGACUACGUGGAGUUUAUCCGCGUCUUCAAGGAUGAGAUUGAGAAAUUUAAGGUUACGGAAGAUGGAGCACGCUUUUACGGCGCACGAAUGAUCUGGACCACCCUUAGGUUCUUCGACAAUAGAGGCGUUGUCGAGAGUAUGAAGCAAUGCAUAAUCGCCAAGCAUGAGUAUCCCGAAAUGAUCUGUGGUUUCGAUGUCGUCGGCCAGGAAGACAAUGGACGACCGCUAGCUGACCUGAUCCCGGUAUUGUUCUGGUUCCGCAAGCUCUGUGCGGAAGAGGGCGUUGAAAUCCCGUUCUUCUUCCAUGCAGGCGAAUGUCUGGGGGAUGGCGACGAGACGGACGAGAAUCUAUACGAUGCUAUUUUGCUAGGCACACGCCGUAUCGGUCAUGGAUACUCCUUAUAUAAACACCCACUACUAAUCGAUUUGGUCAAGGAGAAGAAGAUCCUGAUUGAAUGCUGCCCCAUAUCCAACGAGAUCCUGCGACUAGCCAGCACAAUCAAGCACCAUUCUCUUCCCGCGCUGUUAUCGCGGGGCGUCUCUGUUUCUCUCAACAAUGACGACCCGGCCAUACUUGGCCACGGCAAGAACGGCCUCACACAUGACUUUUGGCAGGUUCUUCAAGGGUUGGCCAACAUGGGCCUGUCGGGCCUGGCCACCAUGGCCGAGAAUUCCGUCCGCUGGAGCUGUUUCGAGGACCAAAGCUCUCAAGAGUGGCAGGCCGGCAUUCGAGGCGGAAUCAUGGGCAGCGGCACCAAGGCGAAGCGUCUGCAGGAAUGGUACGAGGACUUUGAGAAGUUUUGCCAGUGGGUGGUGUUGGAGUUUGCGGACGAGGUGGACUAG